AUGCGAGGCCUAUCCUCUCAUCCCCUGCUCCCUCUCACCCCUCUGCUCCCCUCUCACCCUGAUUUCCGUCACGCACUGUCACUGCUUCCCCUCACCUCAACUGCUUCCCCUCACCUCACUGCUUCCCCUCACCCCACUGCUUCCCCUCACCCCACUGCUUCCCCUCACCCCACUGCUUCCCCUCACCCCACUGCUUCCCCUCACCCCACUGCUUCCCUCACCCCACUGCUUCCCCUCACCCCACUGCUUCCCCUCACCCCACUGCUUCCCCUCACCCCACUGCUUCCCCUCACCCCACUGCUUCCCCUCACCCCACUGCUUCCCCUCACCCCUCUGCUUCCCCUCACCCCACUGCUUCCCCUCACCCCAAUGCUUCCUCUCACCCCACUGCUUCCUCACCCCACAGCUUCCCCUCACCCCACUGCUUCCCCUCACCCCACUGCUUCCCCUUACCCUACUGCUUCCCCUCACCCCUCUGCUUCCCCUCACCCCUCUGCUUCCCCUCACCCCACUGCUUCCCCUCACCCCGCUGCUUCCCCUCACCCCUCUGCUUCCCCUCACCCCACUGCUUCCCCUCACACCAAUACUUCCCCUCACCCCACUGCUUCCCCUCACCCCACUGCUUCCCCUCACCCCACUGCUUCCCCUCACCCCUCUGCUUCCCCUCACCCCACUGCUUCCCCUCACCCCACUGCUUCCCCUCACCCCUCUGCUUCCCCUCACCCCACUGCUUCCCCUCACCCCACUGCUUCCCCUCACCCCUCUGCUUCCCCUCACCCCUCUGCUUCCCCUCACCCCACUGCUUCCCCUUACCCCACUGCUUCCCCUCACCCCACUGCUUCCCCUCACCCCUCUGCUUCCCCUCACCCCACUGCUUCCCCUCACCCCACUGCUUCCCCUCACCCCACUGCUUCCCCUCACCCCUCUGCUUCCCCUCACCCCACUGCUUCCCCUCACCCCAAUGCUUCCCCUCACCCCACUGCUUCCCCUCACCCCACUGCUUCCUCUCACCCCUCUGCUUCCCCUCACCCCACUGCUUCCCUUCACCCCACUGCUUCCCCUCACCCCUCUGCUUCCCCUCACCCCUCUGCUUCCCCUCACCCCACUGCUUCCCCUUACCCCACUGCUUCACCUCACCCCUCGGCUUCCCCUCACCCCUCUGCUUCCCCUCACCCCACUGCUUCCCCUCACCCCACUGCUUCCCCUCACCCCACUGCUUCCCCUCACCCCUCUGCUUCCCCUCACCCCACUGCUUCCCCUCACCCCAAUGCUUCCCCUCACCCCACUGCUUCCCCUCACCCCACUGCUUCCCCUCACCCCUCUGCUUCCCCUCACCCCACUGCUUCCCCUCACCCCACUGCUUCACCUCACCCCUCUGCUUCCCCUCACCCCUCUGCUUCCCCUCACCCCACCGCUUCCCCUUACCCCACUGCUUCCCCUCACCCCUCUGCUUCCCCUCACCCCUCUGCUUCCCCUCACCCCACUGCUUCCCCUCACCCCACUGCUUCCCCUCACCCCACUGCUUCCCCUCACCCCUCUGCUUCCCCUCACCCCACUGCUUCCCCUCACCCCAAUGCUUCCCCUCACCCCACUGCUUCCCCUCACCCCUCUGCUUCCCCUCACCCCUCUGCUUCCCCUCACCCCUCUGCUUCCCCUCACCCCUCUGCUUCCCCUCACCCCUCUGCUUCCCCUCACCCUCACCCCUCUGCUCCCCACUUGCAGCGGCCGCCAUUGCUCUCGUGGCGCACAUGCGAGUGGGCGGCGCGAGCAAUGCAGGGGCAGCAAGGAGGAGCAUCAAAAGCGAGCCUUCCCCGGGCGGUGGCCAAGGCGGGGCGGGACGUGCGGGUGUGGUGGCACGGGCUCACGGGUGGCAGCAAGGGCGGCGGUGGUGCUAGUGGGAAGCAGCAGGCGGGUGCCAUGUGCAAGCAGCUCAAGUUUUUUGCCAACCCCGCCUGCAAGGGCAAGGCGCUGGAGCUGGUGCUGGAGCCGCAGUUUGCCAGUCUGCGCAAAUUCUUCGAUGUACCCAUGUGGGUGAUGUACCCAGGUGGGUGA